UAUACAUGUGUGUUCAGAAUUUACUCUCCAAUUAUAUACAAUAUUUUAUAUUUCUUGCCAAAUUUCAAGUAAGUCUGUGUUUGACAAUGCCUAAAAAGCGUAAGUCAUCAGGAUUCAAGGGAAUUCCAUGGCAUAAGAUGCCUAGAAUUGAAGAUGAUAAUGAUAUGUUAGCUAGGCCUAGUGAACAAGAGGCUAGGGGGUCCAACUCUGGUGCUGGCCCCAGCCAAGUAGGUUCAGAUGAAGGUGACCUUUGUCGUGACCUCAGGCCUAACCCACCAGUUCAUCCGCAACAAGAACCGGUCAGUGUAAAUACGAAAUCUACAACAACUUCUGAAAAGAAACUGAAAUCUAAUAUUGACAAGCUGACAGAAGAAUGUGCUAACUUAGAAGGUGUAGACCACAGGACCGGGUACAGACUCAUUGAUCUUGAGUGCCUGAACGCUGCCUUGAAGUGUGCUCACAGAUGUGAAAAAGGUUACUUACAGGUUGUGGAAUUGCCAGAAAAAAGAAGGGGUUUGUGCUCCAAGCUCAAACUAAAAUGUUACCUAUGCCAUGAAUGAGGUUGGACUUGGACAUUCGGCUAUGACUGAUAUAUGUAGUGUUUUGAAUAUGCCACCACCAUCGGGGAAAAAAGCCUGGAAUGAAACCAACAAAACCCUACUUUCUGGUUUACUAAAAGCUGUUGAGGAGGAAUUUGACCGUGCAGCAGAGAAUGUACGGUCACUAUACUUGGAGGAGGAGGGUGAUCCGGAUACUGUAAUUGACAUUCCAGUAUCAUAUGAUGGAACUUGGCAUCAUCGUGGAUUUAGUUCGACCCAUGGUGUUGGCGUCGUCAUAUCUGUUGACACUGGUAAAAUUUUGGACUCGAUUGUACUAUCUAAAGAAUGUAGGGAAUGUCAGGUGCAUGCAAACGAUGACGAGGACUCUGAUGACUACAUGGUGUGGCACUAUAAUCAUUUUGAGAGUGGGAAAUGCACACAGAAAUUCAAAAUCGCUAAAUGAUUUAAAUGAUAAACACCAUCCAUAUGGAAUAGAUUUUAAAAUCAGCAAACUAGAUUGUGUGAACCAUGUUCACAAGAGGAUGAGAAAAGGCUUAUAUAUAUAUUUAUAUUUAGCGGAGAUGCUGCCACUUUAUGAACGAUUGAGCAACAUCAAUCUACUAAAGAGAUGUGCUCCUGGAUUAACGCAGAAUGCAAACGCAGCGUUCAAUAGGACUAUUUGGAAAAGGGCACCCAAAGAGGUAUAUUCGAGCGCAAAAUCUGUUGAACGAGCCCUGUAUUCAGCUGUUCUGGCAUGGGACCGGGGAAGCGUCGGCCGAUGGAACUUUAUGCGAGACAUGGAUAUUCCUACGAAUAUUCAUUCUAUAAAAGCCCUAAUCAGGAAAGACCAGGAAAGAAUCAGAGAUUCAAAAGCUAAUAGUAGAGAGGAAAGAAAAAAAAAGAGACAAAAUAUAAAGAAAGCGAUAGCCGGCCAACAUUUAGCAGGCGAGGAAGAUUACGGGGCAGGAAAAUUUAAUGACUAAUGAGACACUGUAUUUCAAUUAAUUAUCAUAUAAAGUAGUACAAUUGCAUAAAAUAGGGUAAAAUAUGAAUUAUUACUGAGAAAUAAUUGUUUUUCAGCUUCAGUGUGCCCCAACAAGACGCAAAAAGUUGUGAAACGGCGCAACGCGAUGCGACAAAAUAUUCAAGAGCUUGUUUCUCAAAUCUGCAUAUUUAUCACAAAAUUUGUAACUAAAUUUUUGUUUUUCAACCAAAAUGAACCAAAUUUUCAGCACACAUUUGUCUUUACAGGCUACAGCUAUUCUAUGAUUUUCUAUAAGAAAUUUUUUUUUAUGUUCAGACAACAAUCUAGAAGUUCUAGUCAUAGCAUCUUUUCUUUACUAUAUAUGCAUUCAUAAUCAGUACUUCAAAUCUUAAUCUAACCAUGUUUGAAAGAGAAGAUGCAAUUUGAAAUUAUUAUUUACAUUUUUGAAAAAUUUUGUUGCCUCCCUUACCAUAGUUAUAACUCUUGUAUGGUUACAUUAAACAUUGUGUUUUGAUUGCAUUUCUAGUUCUGUCUUUUAAUUAGCUUUCCAGAAAUAUAUAGUUUGUUGGGGUUUUUAUGAAUAAUUUUCACAUAUGACAUUAAACAAAUCUCGGGAUUUUCGUCGAUUU